AUGGUUGUAGGAUUGUUCAAAAAUCAGCAAUGGGACAAUUCAAUAAGAAGUCUUGAAGAAAUUGAUAAAACAUUAAAAGCACUCGGUUCUAAUUCACGAUUUCAUAAGAUUUAUGUUAGAACAAUGAUCGAAAUUAUAUUCUUUUUAACAUAUUUAAUCCUUAUGACAUCAUUCGAUGUAUAUUUUACUAAUGUAGUUUUGGAUGAAAAUGAGACAAGCAGAUUAUUAACCCUUUUCUUUGCUGCUUCUCAUAUAUACGGUGAAGUAAUUGCUAUUACUGUUAUUUUGGAAUUUUUAACUGUAGUAAGAUGUAUUAAAUCGGAAUUGGAACGUUCUAAUGAUCUUUUAAGUGAUAUUAAUAUUUUACCACGUUCAUCAAUAGCAUUGGAAUUAAUUAAAUAUUAUCAUAGACUUGUGCUCAAUCAAUUGUCAUCUAUUCCACAUUUUGUCAUAAGUACUAUUUUUAAAGUGAUCUUUAUUAAUUAUACUUGUGACGAGACUACACAAAAGAUGGAAAAAGUCAACGAAAUUAUUUAUACGUUUUAUGCUGAAAGUACGGAUCAUAUGAUACAACAAGAGGUGAAAAUGUUCACAUUGCAAACAGCACAUUGUCAAUCAACUAUUACUCUUAUUGUAACUAUUGUUAUUGAUUUUUCAUUUGUAUUUUGGGUUAGAUAUAUAGGGAUCAAAUUUAACGAAUUGAAUGGCAUACUUGAAAAUAUGUUAACAACAACUAUCGAUUUACCACAACACAAAAAAGUUGUUCGUAUGAAAGAUAAUUGGGAAGAUGAUUUAUCUUUAUCUAUUAUUUAUCAUAUGUACAAAGCUAAUGAAAAUUAUAUUAAAUUAAACAAAAUACGUGAUUUUAUGUUUCAAUUAUUAGAAAAUCGUUUGACAUUUACCAUCUGUGGAUUUUUCGAAUUGAAUCAUACAUUUUUAUACAGCAUUCGUGAUUUUAUUAUACAACUUAUACAAAAUCCACUAUCAUUGACAACCUGUGGAUUUUUUAGUCUCGAUCAUACUUUGAUUAGUAACGUAAUCAGUACUGUCACAACUUAUCUAGUUAUUUUAAUUCAAGUUGGUAACGUACCAGCACAAUUUUAUCCAAAUUCAACGAUAUUAACAACUGAUUUGUAA